GGCAUGGCCUGUGAUGUCAUUUUCACGAGCCGGAAUCAAAACCGUCCAGCUGAUGACUGUCAUGACAAACCACAUUUCUGUCCAAAAACACCCCCAGCAAGGCAAAACACGGCAAAGACACUGAAGAAAGCCUACAAAAUCUAUAAGGAAACAUGCACGGCAGGGUCAAGGUCAAAUCCACCGCCCAGCAAGAGGAGGAGAAAAGAAAGGAACGCGAGAAGAAACUGAAGAUAUACAUUGCUGCAAGGGAUGCCUGUUUUUCCAAGAGGAAGGAGGGCGUGUGCGAUGAAGAGGCUCUCCACCUGACCCAGCAGAUACUAUCCUCGAAUCCUGAUUUUGCAACCCUGUGGAAUUACAGGAGAGAGAUCCUCACACACCAGGAAACGUUCAAGGAUGACGGUGAAGUGCAAAAGAUGUACCAGGCCGAGCUGUCCUUUCUGGAGUCCUGCCUGAAAGUAAACCCAAAGUCUUACGGCAGCUGGCACCAUCGAAGCUGGGUAUCGGAACGUGCGCCUCAAAUGGAUUGGGCCCGGGAGCUAAGCCUGUGCGACCGCUGCCUCGGCCUCGAUGACCGCAACUUCCACUGCUGGGAUUACCGCCGGAUCGUCGUCAAGAAAUCGUCCGUUCCCGUGGAAAAGGAGUUGGAGUUUACGCAUCGUCUGAUCGGCUCCAACUUUUCCAACUACUCCAGCUGGCAUUACCGCAGCACACUCCUGCCAUUGCUCCACCCGGAGUCUCCUGAACCCAAUUCGUCUUGUUCCUCUCCGCCCUCGCCGCAAACUCACUCGCAUCGCGUCUGUGAAGAACAGCUGCUCAAAGAAUAUGAGCUUGUGCAGAACGCUUUCUUCACCGACCCCAACGACCAGAGCGCUUGGUUCUAUUACCGUUGGUUGCUAGGCCGAGCUGAACGUGAAGAGAUGAUAAGCUGCGUUUAUAUCAGCCGGGAGGAGGAGAGGGUGGCCGUCGCCUUCUCAAGGCCGGUCAAUGCUCAGUCUGGUGGCCUUCUGCUGGUGCUUGACGGUCAGCCACAGAAGGUGGGAUGGAGGACUGUCCAUCCACGUUUCAAACACAGUCCUGUCUGGAUAUGUGAUCUUCCUCCUGGAUCCAUCAGCGACCUAGCAAAUGAGCACAAUUUGACGGUGCACUGGUCUGAAAAAUACAUUCAUAGAGACUGUGCGCUGUACACAGGUCGAACUGAGAGUUGGUGUCGUGACUCUGCCACUGAUCAGCAACUGUUCAGGAGCGAGCUUUCUGUGGAGAAGAGCUCUGUGCUGCAGUCUGAGCUACAAUCAUGUAACCAGCUACAAGAACUGGAGCCACUCAAUAAGUGGUGCUUGUUGACUAUCAUCCUGCUGAUGAGGGCGCUAGAUCCCCUCGGAUACGAGAAGGAGACUCUUGCUCAUUUCCAAACUCUCAAAGAAGUGGACUCAAUGCGCUCAGCCUACUACAGCGACCUGUGCAGCAAGUUCAUGAUCGAAAACACCAUCUUGAAAAUGGAGUACGCUGAAGUGCGCGUCUUCAGUGUCGCUGACAAGAACCUGACCACGUUGUGCCAUUUAGACCAGCUGCUCCUCGUUACCCAUAUCGACCUGUCUUCCAACCAACUGCGGCUAAUUCCUGCUCACUUUGCCAUGUUGCAGUGUCUGGAGGUAUUGGAGGCUGAUGAUAAUUCCAUAGAACAUAUUGAAGGAGUCUGGUGCCUUCCCAAACUGGAGGAGGUCCUCUUGAAGAAUAACAAAAUCUCCACAUUGGCAGCUCUGCGGCCGCUCACAUCCUGCCCCAAGCUGCGGCGCCUGGAUCUCCGUGGCAACCCCGUCGCUCAGGCGGCCGGCGCGGCAUCGGAGCUGUCCGAGCUGCUGCCGACCGUCACAUGUCUGCUGCUGUGACGAGGGGCGGGAGUCGGGGAGCCGUCACUCAAAGCGUUGCCGCCGACAGCGCCGGGCAGUUUGCGAAGGAGUGAGUGGAUGUUUUUUUUCCAAGCGUGUUGUCACUUCCACUUGUUUGGUAGAAAUUCAAUCAAAACAGCCUCCACACGUCUCAAUGCCUCUGAAGGUGUAUAUCAAGACAACUUUAAUGAAAAGUCUAUUUGUUGUUUGUGAGAGUGUGUUUGCGUGUGUGUGUGCGCGUGCGUGUGUGUGUGCGCGUGCGUGUAUGAGUCAUAACCGCUGUGGCAUUUCUGAAAAUGUGCGUCUGAAUGAAGGUCUCGUAAUACCUCCAAAUGCAUGCUGAAACCCUCCUCCCCAAUCACGGAUGUAAUUGACUGUAUGUGGGUGCAUCAGUGUGGUCGUGGUUUUAUAAGCUUUAAAAUCAUUUGAAGCAACCAUAAGAAAACAAAAUGGAGCAGACCUAAUUCCGCAGCCAGAUCAUGAUUGACAGUUAAUCCUUGGGCCAUACUCGAGUGACUCAAAGCUUUUUCUGAAUGCAAUCAUGGAUAAAUACAGAGACAAGGGGCUGGUUGUUUUUCCCCUGGGCCUCCAAUAGUCGUGAAUCUAUGAAUUUCCAUCAGUGCAUUUGUUAAAGGGGAUCCACACUUUUUUUUUAUUUAUUCACAGUCUAUAAGAAAAAAAAACACACAUCUUUCUGUAUUCUCUGUAAUAAAUCAUAAAAUACUGAUAGCAAGAGGAUAACAAUGAAGGUCAUGGGAUACGAUCUAUUUUGCCUUAAGCCCUUGAAACAUCCAAUACUGUUGUAUAUACACACUGUAAAAAUGUAAUGUUCUAAAAUGUCCAUUUAUGAUAUCAUGUAAUAUUUACAAUUUUUUUGUCAAUUUAAGCAUCAUUGUAAUUUCUUUGCAAUGAUUUCAAAGAUGCUCAGCAACGCAAUUUCCGACCACAAAAAACAUUUACAGUUGUCUCUUGGUUUUCGCAUUAAUUAGGACCGUACAUAACCGCGAUAAACGGCUUUACGAGAUGUUAUGAUAAUAAUAAUAAAAAAAUUCCUUGAGCAUAAAAACUGUUUAAGAUCUUCUAAACAUUUUUUUAAAAACAUUAUCAGAGCCCUCAAUACUUACCGGUAGCCCAGAGGAUCCUCCAAGAGAAAACACAAAAAAAACAAAACAGCCAAGACGUGAAAAUACUUUGUCACAUCCUGGGUAAUUCUUCAAAGUUAGAACUAGGCUCUGAGUGUUGAAACCCCAGACGUACAUUGGUCUGCAAAAAGUUGUUCAACUUGACAGUCGUCACUUCACCAUUAGCGUUCUGAGUUAGCAUUGCGUGCUUGUGUUGUCAUUCCACAUCGAUCACGUCAAAGCUGUGUUUAUGAUGUCGAUAAAUGAAGUACAUCAAAAGAGUUCCUCUCCAACGCUACUCCCAGCUGUUGUCAUUCGAGGUCACUCGCCUCAAAGUCUCACCAUUGUGAAGAAGUGUUAUUGUCGAGGAAGGUGUUGAAAAUGAAGUUCAUCAAAAAGUUGUUUUCUCACAAGUUAACUUGACAUUGUUUUUGUGAAGAUAGAGAAGCGCCAACACCAGCCGGCUAAUGCUGUUAGCAGUGUAACCCUAAAAUCGGAAGAGGAACUCAGUUAUAUAUAUAUAUAUAUAUAUAUAUAUAUAUAUAUAUAUAUAUAUAUAUAUAUAUAUAUAUAUGUAUAUAUAUAUACUACAAUGGCGGAAACACGCACAUUUUCACAAUUAAUGCAGAUCCCAAAUACAGAUAAGCAGGUACCAGAAGGUAAGAAAAGUUGGUUUUGCAUAAUUUUGCAAAACAAAACGCCAGAUAAUAUGUCUGCUCAUGGGUGCCAUCUUGCGGUCCUUAUACACACACACACCAUAAUAAUAAUAAUACACACACACACAGAUAUAUAUAUAUAUAUAUAUACACACGUGUAUAUAUAUGUAUAUAUAUAUAUAUAUAUAUAUAUAUAUAUAUACAUACGUGGGGCGGUUUAGCUCGGUUGGUAGAGUGGCCGUGCCAGCAACUUGAGGGUUGCAUGUUCGAUUCCCGCUUCUGCCAACCUAGUCACUGCCGCUGUGUCCUUGGGCAAGACACUUUACUCACCUGCUCCCAGUGCCACCCACACUGGUUUGAAUGUACUUAGAUAUUGGGUUUCACUAUGUAAAGCGCUUUGAGUCACUAGAGAAAAAGCGCUAUAUAAAUAUAAUUCACUUCACUUCACUAUAUAUAUGUUGUGUGUAUUUAUAUGUGUGUAUAUAUAUAGAUAUAUAUAUAUACACACACACAUAUAUAUAUAAAUAUAUACAUAUAUACAAACAUAUAUAUAUAUACAUAUAUACACACACACACAUAUAUAUAUAUAUAUAUAUACACACACACACACAUGUAUGUAUAAAUUGGUGUGUGUGUGUAUGUAUGUGUGUAUAUAUAUAUAUAGCGACGGACCACUAUCAGUAAUCAUUAAAGACUUUGUAAGUGCCCACGUCGACUACUGUGAGACAAAUCAUGAUCCAGAACUUCCAUUUUUGUAACGUAAACUUACGGUGGAUCAGCUUGGUGCUAAGCUCUAGUCAAACAUGAAACCAUAAUGUAGCACUACUGCCAAGUACUACACAAGAAAUACAAAAUCAACAUAAUAAUGAAACAGUCUGUUAAAAUGUCCAAGCUCACUGGGAUGCUGACUGAUGGGAUGGUUGUAUUUUUCCAUACAAGACCCAUAAUCCUCAUGCUUCAGGUAAAGCAAUCCUGGGACAAAACAAACAUUUGCUCUGCUUUAGCUCUUACAAUAACAUUCCUCGCUAUAGCUUGGUUUAAUAUGCAGGUUGUGACAUGUAAAUGGUGCGUUGUUGGCGGUUUCCCUGUCUUGCACAUGAUGGGCGAUAUUCCAAAUAAAGUGACCUUUCAUUAACUAUAGCCUCUUGCACGUAGAAAUCCUGCUGUUUAUUCUCUUCGGCUUUCCAAGCAGAGCCCAGUGAAGUAGGAAAUUGCCGCUCACACAGGUGGCAUCCUGCCUCGAUUACAACCUGCUUAGGUACAAAACCCCCUAGGUCGAUUUUCUCACCCCACAUUUCCGUGUCGGUGCCACUCAUACAGAAAAUGGGUGCUGGCAAAUAUCAGCUUUUGUAGUUAGUGUGAAAGGGGCUAAAAGCGAAAGUUAAAGACUGACUGUAUGUGUUCUUUACUUAAACAGUGUAGUACAUCUUCUUGAAAACCGGCGUCUUCUGCAGUGGACAUUUGUAACUGACGACAGAAAUAGACCAAACUGCAGAGGACACUGGUUCUCAGGAGUAUGUACCCUCCCAUUUCAAGUAUUCUAUCAUUUGAAGAACAAUUUCACAGAAGUGAAACUUCAAUGUACUUGAAAGUAGUCAGUGAAAAGCGAUAUUUACUGAAAAUAAGUCAACAAGACUGCUGUAUCCUUAAACACAUUUGUUUCACUAACAUUUAAUAUUCAGUCUAACAGCCACCUUAUGAAAUGUUCUUAUUGUUGCUUUAAUAUGAGAAGCUUAUAACCGGUGAUCCCAGGGUUACCUAUCGUUGUCACGCAUUGAUGCAAAAACAUUUAUUGUAUGUCGGGGGAGAAGCCCAGUAGCCACAGAUCUAUACAAAAAAAAUAAAUUGUAUCACUUGCCUUACCUGAAA